AUGCACGCGGAGAACCUGGCAGUCUUGCAGUCCAAGCCUGUAAUCAGCGAGUGGCACACCAGCGAACCGGAAACUAUACUGGUUGAUGGAAACGAGAUAACACCCAGAGGAACCUUUGAAAAAAAACCGUCGUUGGGAGAAUUUGAGUUAAUGAAGCCAGUUCGAAUCCGCUCUGGGGGCCAAGGAACAGUAGCAUGGGUGCAGAAUCCGGAGACUCAGAUGCAGUAUGCCCUGAAAUUCAAGAUCCGUGAUGAACGUAACGCAAGCAACUGGCGCAUCGAACGGCGAGAAGCCAAAAUCCUCAGAAAUUUGCAUUACCCGUUUGUGGUCAAGUAAUUGUUGUUCGUUUUACUUUUGCUAUUGACUACUUCUGCAGCGUAAUUUCCCAAAGCAAGUGCAUAUGCAGUUUUGUAACCGUUUGGCGCAGGCGUUGUGAGGUUAUGUCAAUGGAAAGAGGUGUGUUGACAAACUGAGGUGGUUACUCUUAUAUCUUCAUUUUAAUCAUCGUCCGGGCACGAUAGAGAUAGGAGUAGAGAAGCGUCGACAAGUGUUUCCACUUUGCAAACGCCAAGCCGUGAUCGCGAAUCGUAAUGAAAGGAGGGCCUUAUAAAUAUGCCGAAUUUAGUGAUAGGUUUAGUUUUUAUCUGUAGUUCCUUUUAUGCUAAUUUUUUAACCAAAAGCUUUUUAAAUUCGACUGACUUAAUAAUCAACGGUUAGUUACGUCUUUCGUAAAGUCAAUGUUCAUGUGAAAUAAAUCAUAGUAAUCACUAAUAUUCCAAAUAAAGAACUCAUAGUUUGCUUAAAAUUUUGAAUUUAUUUAUAACACAAACAGUUAUAUGAAUCACAAAUGUCCUAUUAUUUGACUGUUGGCAAAGUUUUAUGCUGCGUAACUUGCGCUGUUCAUUGCGUGAAUUUUUCAACUUCGAGUUUUAGAAAGCCACAUUUUGUGCUUAACUGUCCAAGCCUAUAAAUAAAGGGCAUGUCGUGGAACUACUCUAAAAACGAAUUUUUAAUCACAACAUCUUGUCCAUAGGAACAAAUUCACAAGUCCGAAUGUUCGCCACCCGUUUCCACCUGGGAAGCUUAACUUACACUUUUCAUCAGAGAUAGCAAAAAUGUACAAUAUUAAUCUCAGCAGCGUGUUUAGCACAACCAUCAAAAUUGUACUUAAUAGGCUAUUCAUAAGAACUAAGAAAAUUCCCUUUGUUACUUUAAGUCGGUAAAAGAAUAUUUCCAGUUAUGCUAGGCGAUGAGAACAACUGUCAUGCAAACACGUUAGUCUCCUUGAAAGAAAAGACGUACGGCCACAGAAGAAGGUGGCGGCUUGUAAUAUGUGGCUAGCUGUUUCCAGUUCAGUUUAUAAGCAUUUAAUCAUAUGUUUUUUUCAAUUUAAAUAUUGAUUGGUAAAUUACAAUCUGUAUUGUUCUGCGUAUGAAACAUUAUAAAACCCCAAUUAAUACCACCGAGCCUAGCGUUAGUUUUGAACCGAAGUAGAAUAUGCUUCAAUAUUGAAGGAUGGAUAUAAACGUAUGGAUGAAAUCGAAAAUGUAUGAAUUCCAAGAUCUGUCGAUAUACUAAAAAAAACUACCUGCAUAAUCGGCAGACCACUCAGGAAUGAUACUGAGGUUCAUAUAAUAGAGCUUAGCGCGUUUACAAUUUUCAAAAACAGGUCGUCCGAAACGUUUUUAGCAAGCUAAUUGAAUUCGUCUACUAGUGUCAACCGGCAAUAUUGUCACCUGUGCUCUUUGGUCGAUAAAACAUAGUUCAGUCAACGUAUCUACGGUUUGAGAGGUAAAGCAUGAAGUGUCAUGCAUGCGUGCGUGGAAAUGACCCCAUUUUCUAGGAAAGCUUAAACAAAAAACCUACUUAGCAAAAACGGGUUUCUCUUUUUUUUAACUUCUUCUGUUAAGUGUAUAUGUCUUUUUAAUAAGAUUCGGGCCAGGGAUACUAGACGAAGUGCAGAUGUUCAGCGGUCCAAGUCGAAGAGGUUUAAACAGAAUAUACUUUAGGAAAGGCAUUUUACGUAAGAAAAUGAAUCCGGUAAGUGGAAAUAACAGCAAACCUUGUGCCCCCUACAAAUCAUAAGGAUUUCAGUUGCCAGUUUAAUGGGUUGGCCACCUACUACGUUAUUGGUUAUCCGUCCCAGUAAGUUGGAAGAGGCCAUCAUUUUGCACAGGGAGGUCUCAACCGAUCGUUUGCGCCAUUCAUUCGUUUUUGUCUUUUAGGCCAGAAGCCAACAUUAUCUUUUGUGAAUGAUCUUCCAUGCAGUCAAAUAGAUGAGUAUAGACUAUAAAACCUCCUGGACACGACUCUGCACACAUUACUUCGAGUCACCUUUCUGCUAUUUAUCGUCGAAGUAUGAUUAAGUUAGAACUGUGUGCUUUAAAGAUAAGCUCUAACUUAUUUUGAAGCCCUUUAUAUACGCGGAAAUGUGUGCAUCGUUUGUUUAAAAAAUGUAUAUCAGAACAUUCCUAUCACUGCUGACCUAGAUUUUUGAACCAAGGAUAUGGAACAUCCGUUAACGUCAGAAAUGAAGGAUCUUCGUAAAAUUGCCUGAUAUAAUAAGGAAAAUUACGGGUUCCGCGCGUUGUUUAAUAUGCGUAAAUAAUCCAGGCACACUUCUAUCCAAUAUAUUUGUGCCGUAAGAAGUUUAAAUACUUUUCAAGCUUAGACCGUUUUUUGCAGUUUUUCGUCUUAAUCGUUUUUUAAACAUGCUUCUGUGUAUUCCGGUUACAGUCGGGGUAUAGUUGUUCAAGUUGACAUUAGUAGACACUGAAUAUCUAACUUCAUUUGACUUUUCUGAACAUUGCAAUUUCAACUACAAAUACGCUCGAAUUUCUAUUAAUAUAAGGAGCCAAAGGACAACCUUUUUAGGGGGGUAAAGCAAAUAGGCAUACCUGUCACAGAGGGCGGGAGAGAUACAGGUCGCAAUGAAACGCGGAUGCCAGGCAACCCUACAGUCGACACUAGCGGGGCUACAAGAAAAGCUGAGUGCGCCAUAUGAUGGGAGCUGUGCGUAGGCCUUUCCAUACUCGGGAGAUGGGUAGGCUGGACAGCAACUCGAAACGUCAGACCUACAAUAAACCUUUCCCAGUGACCGACUCUUCUUAUUUUCGCAUGUCUCAUGGGAACCAUAUCUUUACUACAGACAUGAGCCAGUUUGCCUGGGGAAAAUUAACCCAACAGUUGAUGACACUGUACAUUUGGUUGAAGGGCACCCAGGAGACGUCGCUGCGAAAUACUUUUGCGAAAGUCAGUGGAAAACUCGCAGACAUUAUAAAUUUCGAUGUAACUGGUUUUACACUAUAGUGCAGCCUAAUCUAUUCGUGUAGUUUCAUGCUGACUGUCGACAGGCGUAAAAUUUUUUUUAAAUACACUCUUAGUUGCUUAGGUAGCUUUUGGGUACCUGUGGGCUGGACGUCCUUUACCACAGAUUGUGAUUACUCAACAUGAUUGUGGACUGACAAAUUGGUAUAAAGCACUUUCAAAAAGACUACUAAAGCACGUUUUCCGGUCAGAUGCCAUUUCUAACGAUGCCCUCUGGCUCCAAAAAGAAGCCAACCCGCUUGAAGUGUCACGCAGUCCAGUCUAGAGUUCCAUCGAUGAGUGGUACUGCGACUGCCUUUCAGUGUUAGAAACCGAUUGACCUCUAGCAUACAUGGUGCUCAACAACACAGACUCUCUUGUUUAAAUUAAUAAGACCAUACUGAAGCCGGAGGUGACCGCAUCUAUCUGGAUGUUGGUUAUAUUGAACUUAUGCACUGCUCUGUAGAUUAGAUACUACUUGUAAUGCCAUCAAUGCUUUGUCUCUGGCCGUCGGAGUGACCCCACCUACAAUAAUCUGAACACUUGAACCUUAUAGCAGGCCAAAAGGAAGAAGUUGAAUGCAUACAUGAAGCCACUGGCAGUGGUCUUGUAAAUGUGUUCUCGUUUGCUGCAACGUGCAAAUGCAUCAGCAUACCAUUUGUGUGCGACCUUAUGGGCAUGAUUCUUUAUAAAAUGGUAAACAUCAUUUUCCUCAUAACUGCCUUUGACAUUCUAAAUAGCAGUGAGUAAAUAUUUCACGAAGCGGCAGUCAAGUAUUGGCUUUAAUUAUUUUUUCCAUUAGUAUCUGUAGAAGCUGUAUACCGAAGGAUAAAGGGUGUGCAUACAGACGAGUGGGCGAAUAUUAACAGCCUGAUCUUUGACCCUUAAAAAAUACAAACCGCAUCCCUCUCUUUCGGUUCAUCUGACGGCUGGUUCUCGCUAACCGCUCACACCUUUUGGGCCUAUGCGAUGCACAACAUCAAAAACCCCCAAACUCGAAGCGCCUGUCGUCGUAUGGCAGAGAAAAGUAAAAAUGCCAAGUUGGGACAAACGUUUGAUGGAACGCCUUAUGCAAUGAGGACUUACUUAACGAAUAUGAGAAAAACGUCAUGCAAAAUGGAGGCUCGGAUACAGGAGUGCAUUGUCGCAGGAAUUUGUCGCUAGCACAGCAGGGUGCGUGUCCCAUGAAAUGUUAGUUAAAAUUUCGAAAUGUGUUUUCGCUUAGAAAGAAACACUCUGGUGGGGCCUUUAUAUGGAGUGUUGGUCGCCAUAAUCCCGAGAUAUAUCAGUCAUGUGAGGAUGGCGGCUUUUUGAUGCACUUAUUUCGGUCACCCACACCUUGUAAAAUGGCGUGCUUAAAUAUCGCGUCUUUUCACAGUGAUUGGCAGUGCCCUUGCGUUAUAGAAAAAUGAAUAACAACAUCCCAUUUUGCCUUCAUGUGAUGGAAAGGCACCUCUUCGUCAAAUGGCAUCUUUCGGUUUAAAAAAGUUAUUAUACGUGGCUUUUGAGACCUUAAAAAUUUGACUUAAAUAGCAUCGUACAUUCGUUUGUAAGUGAUCCUUAUGAUUUAUACAAUAUAGUCCAUUGCAUAACUGUAUGAGCCUAUUGUAUAUUUCACUGCUAACAAAAAUUUUAGUGGAAUUUUAAAUUUCCGUACGCGAAAUGUAUGCGGUUUGUAGUUUGGAAACUCCAAACGCAAGUGUAAAAGCAGGUUAAUUUCAAUGUUAUUCAGAAAGUGACAACUUGUCAACCCAAAGGACAACCUUUAUUCGAGGUGUUGCAUAACCAUUACAACCCACAAUCAACGACAUUGCUUACAGGAUAAAACUACAAAACUCGACAUUAUGACCGGUUCGAAAAUAAUUUAUUCCCCGACUGGGCGACCUUUUGCUUGCGUUCCCUACGGGCGGAUGUUUCUUUAACUUCCAUCCUCCCGGAAUGGACUUAUAGCGCUCAGGCUGAUCUUCGUGUAUUUUAGGACCUAUCAUAUUUACGAGACUGAAACUGCGCUCUUCAUGGCAUUUGAGUAUCUGGAGGGAGGUUGUCUGUGGAAUCAUAUAGCCCGUGUUGGUACUCUCCCUGAGUGCUACGUUACCUACUAUGCCGCUUGCAUACUGACCGCGUUGGCUUACUUGCAUGAUCAAUGCAUUGUUUAUCGGUAAGCAUUACAUAAAUAUAACGAAAGAUGUUAACGUUCUACAGCUCAAUUUAUGGAAUUUCAACACACUCGAUACAUCUGUCUCUCACUUUACUGAGUGCCCGAAAUGUGCGUAUAAAUGAGAUAGUACACGGGAUUUAGUAGUAAAUCGCUGUCAAGUUUAGCAUUUGAAAAUCUGGAUAUCUUUGAAAGGCAGCAGUCAUAUUAGAUGGAAGAUCGAUAUCGCAUGCAAAAAUGCUGCCUAUAUUCAUGGAUAAAUAGACCAUUGCGUAGGCUGUAAGUAGAGAGUUGAGGGUUGAUUAUGACUGAAGUCAUAAUUUCGUCAUCAUUUCAUAGUAUUUUAUCUUAGGAAAGCCAAAUUAAAUCUUUUAAACUGGCAGUUUUAGCAUCGUGACCGACCAUAUCCACUGUGUGCUCCACAGCAGGCUGGGAGUAUGCACAGUGACUUGUGCAUGAAUUAGUUUACAGUGUUAGUAGACUUGUAAAACAUCUACCGCACUCACUCCUCCUUCCCAACCCCCGUUCGGUGUCAAGACAUAGUCAGGAAAACCGGCGACGGGAGAAGGCGCAGGUGGCUGGCACGCCCAGAGUCGAAUCUAGGCGUACCACCACAUCCCUUGGUCCACAACAAACGCUUGACCAGGAAUUCAACCAACAACAAGUCUGGGGGCCGGCUCGGAUCCAAAUUGGCGCGUCGUGAACCAGUGACUGGGCCGGUCACCGCAUCUGAAUGUUGGUAUUUGUUAUGAGUGGGCAUUGCCGACAAUGCCUAACAGAAUCCAAUGUGACCCCUGUGUUAGUCCAGAGAGUCUGCCGCGUGACCCGUUUUGGGGAUUGAACAAUUGCAUGAGCACACAUUUUUGUCGUGUCAUUUAUUAUCGGCGUGUUUGUUUAUACAUUAAGGUCAGCCUGUAUGUACAAUAUUGUUAAUGACCACAGUAUGUAUACUAUCUUUUGGCUUUAUAACGUAGGGAUUUGAAGGCCGAAAACAUUGUCCUUGAUUCCCAACACCGACCAAAACUUAUUGACUUCGGAAUGGCCAAAUUCCUGCCAUCUAUUCGGAAACAAGGCGAUGGUGGAGAGCUAACAGCGAGAUCCGAUGUGACGGAACCUGAUUCGGGCAGAAAGGCUAAGGACAAUACUCUACUCAACGAAGAUGAUCUGGAAAUAAUUGACGUAAAUGAGCCACCAACACGUUACUACUUUGCUGCAUAUUUGGCGCCCGAAAUCUACAGCCAACCGAACGCGGCGAACCAAUUCAUCGAUUCUUGGGGUCUCGGCUACAUCGUUGUGGAAAUGGUGCUCGGCUAUGGCAUGUAA